AUGUCUAAGCAAACAAAUGACGUCUCCUCCGCGGUCGAUCAGAAGAAGGGGUUCAAGACCGAUGGCUCAUCUACUCCAACGGAGUCCAAACGUCACUGUCCAAAUUCCAGAAACCGCAAGUCAGUGAUUGAUACCGACGGCUCUUUCUGGGAUGUCCAUAUGGAGGAGAAGAAGAGCAGAGUUUUGGUCAUUGGAGCAACCGGAAGAUUAGGUCAAUACUUGACCCGUUUCAGCAUCCAAUCGGGUCACCCAACUUUCGCCCUCAUUAUAAACUCCACUUUCUCCGAUCCUUCCAAGUUUGUUAAGCUCGAAUCUCUCUCAUCUGCCCGCGUCACUCUCCUCAAAGGUUCAUUGGAGGAUGAAGCAAGCUUAGAAGUAGCAGUAAACAAAGUCGAUGAUGUCAUCUCUGCGGUUCUUACAAAACGUGCUCUUGAUCAGAAACUUCUCAUCAACGUCAUCAAACGAACUGCCUCCAUCAAGGUCCCUCUCUCUCUCACUCUCCAUCAUUCACAUUUUACAGAUCCAGACAAAACACAAGUCUCUGAUCUUGAUCACGGCUUCUACUCCAAGAAAUCUGAGAUAAGACGUCUUAUAGAAUCAUCAAAGACUCCACACACAUACAUUUGCUGUGGAUUGUUCAUGAGGAUUCUACUUCAAUCUCUUGUGCAACCUUGUUUUCAAUCUCCUCCAAUGGAUAAAGUCACAAUCUUUGGAGAUGGAAACGUUAAAGCUGUUUUUAUGAAUGAGGUUGAUGCUGCGGCAUUUACAAUCAAAACGAUUGAUGAUCCCAGAACACCGAACAAGACGUUGUACCUUAGGCCGCAUGGGAAGCUCUCAGAAGACGAUGAAACAAGUUCCACAAUCCACAUAUCAGAUUUCUCAUAG